AUGUCAAUUACACAAGAGCAACUUCGAGCUAUCAUCUUCUAUGAAUGGCGAGGCGGCAUUGGAGCAACGGAAGCAGCCCGCGACAUCAACAGCAGAUUGAACGACGGCACCGCUGCCAUCAGGACUGUCCAGCGGUGGUUCGCUCGCAUCGUGAACGGAGGCACCGACUUCAAAGACAAUUCCCGGUCGGGACGCACCUACACUGUCGAAGACUCCGUCAUUCUCGACGCUGUCGAAAACUAUUGGGAGAUCAACAGCCGCAGUCUUGCGACGAGAUUCGGGUGUAGCUGUUCAACAGUCGUUUGUCGCCUACAGGCUUUCGGUUAUAGAAAAGUACUAGCUCGAUGGAUUCCUCUUGAAAUUCUCUCGAUUGAUUCCUCUUCCUCUAUUGAAAGAAGUUUCUCGGAGAUCUUCUUACUGGAGAUAAGAAUUGGGUCCUCUACGACUCUAAAGCGCACCGUGCUGUGUGGCUUUCUCGAGGAAAAGACGCGCUGA